UGAACGUCUUAAUGUUGUUUGCAAUCUGCCAUUAAGAUAAUAAGGGCCAUGUUCGCUUACACAGCAACAGAAAAUGGCAGCAAGAGACCACCAGGACGACAAACUGCCAAUUCCAUCCUUGUCAACUACAGCAUACACUACAAAAACUGUUAAGAAGCGACGGAAGACUUUGGAGAGUCAGGCUGAGCUAAAAAAAGACAGAGAUAAAGCAAGGAAUAAAACGAGAGUCAACAUCGGGGCAGCAUUCCCGCGGUGGAGAGAACUGAAGGAAUUGAAAGGAAUGAAGUUUGACUCCGAAUUAGCAUUUUUUCUUCUGGACAGGUACUCUGCCUCCCGUCAGAGUAAGAGGGUUCUUUCUCCACAACAUGAUCACGACACAGAGGGGAAACUCUGCAAUGAGACUAGUCUGCUAACAGAGGGAGUCCUGGACAGUGAGAAGGACAUGUAUCCACCUGCAGAGCUGGAAAUCCCUGUUGGAUUAGACUCCUCAGAGGAGUCACAAGGCAGCAGAGAGGAUUGUGAUGAAGAGGAGGAAGAAGAGGAAACUGCAGUGGAGAACAGAAAUGAGAUAGAGAAGGAAGAGGAGACAGGAACUGAGAACGAUGAGUCUGACGAGGAGGAGGAGGAUUGUGACAUGGAUGAAAAUGAUGAUGAGUGGGAAAUGGAUGAGGAGGGAGACACUGAGUCAGAGUCUGAAGUCAAUGUAGUCAAAAAGGUUAGGAAGAGAGUGAGAGAUGAUGACAACCCUGACCAACCCUUAAGGAAAAGGUACAACAGACAGAGAAGGCCAGAGACGCUCUGUACAAACUGUGGGAUUCUCUACACAACUAUGAAGCACACAUGCCUUCCCAACAAGAAGUUCCGCUGCUCUAGUUGUGGGUGUGUAUUUGAAAAUGAAAUGAAUCUCGGCAUCCACAGAAAAAACUGUAGCCGUUCCAUUCAUCCAUGCACCUUCUGCUUUAAGCCUUUCAAAACACGACAGGAAAAACAUAACCACGAGACCAGCCACUCAGAAGUACAGCCCUAUCAGUGUACAGAAUGCCCACAGACAUUUUCUGACCGGCUGACAAGAAAUCGUCAUCUUAGAGAGCACCAGAAGAGGGUUAGGUGUGAAACCUGCCACAAGGAGUUCCGUGCACACUAUAUGCUGGCGAGACAUGAGCUGUCUCACAGCAAGGACAAGCCCUUCAAGUGCCAGGUGUGUGAUCGUGUGUUCGCUCAGGCCUCCCAGCUGAAGUCUCACACGCGCGUCCACACCGGGGAACAGCCCUUCCAGUGUUGGCUCUGCCCAAAGACCUUCAACCAUAACGUCAGUCUGAAGAACCACAUCAGUCGCUACCACCAGGAGGAGAGUCGUGAUGAUCCCAGGGCUGCCCUGAAGGAACGGAGGGAGAGCAACAAGUACCACAGCCUGGACAAUCAACUAGAGGACAGGACUGAACAGGAGAAGGAUGGAGGACUGGACAUGAAGGUGAGCAGGUCUCUAAACCCCAAAGAACAGGGAGGCAGUGAUGGGGAGGGAGGGGAGACAGGUGAAGGACACAAACAGAAGAGGACACGGCAGAAACGUCUGCCCACUCGUCAUGAAGAGCUUGAAGAGGAUUCAGAGGAGAUGGAGAAUGACGACUCUGACUCUGAUUUUGAUCCAGAUGAGGAGUGUUCCUAGUAAAUGAACUAGGAAAGGAAGGGGUAGACGGAAACUAAGGUAGAUGCCCAGUCGAUGUGCAGACAGGUUUGUUGGACGCAAUAAUGCAUGUGAACAGUAUUCAUUCACAUAUGCCAUUACAAUGUGAUUAAUGUGAUGUUGUUUAACAAGCUAAACUUAUGUUUACUUAUGCUAGAUAAUCAUCAGCUAAGGUAAAUCCCCCUGUCAACAUGCAGACUGCUCUGUUUGCCUGUAGAAAACACUAACAGCUAUGUGAUUAACAUUUUUAACCGUAUUUGUACAAUAGACAUGACUGUUUAUCAUUCAUUACAUUGAGGUUCAAUUUGUGUUGCUUAUCACUGCAUUCCAGGAAAUAGUUUUGAGAACAUGUUUUGAUUAAAUGUGACCAAGGGGCAGCGGAUGCAGUAAAGACCAGGCUGUUCAAUAAUACGCAUGCGUACUGUCAUGUGUUCCGGUUUUGGAAGUUGGCCCACUGGAGGAAAGGUGACGAGUGGUGCAGUCAGUCAGUCACUCAACAACAUCGGACAGGCACCAAGCGAGGAUCCAUACAUCUGCGGGUGUCAAGCUACAACUACAGUGCAUGGUCGACUGAGCAUAUACGAUCUGUACUUUAUAACGCUACGAAAUGGCUAACCAAGUCUCCGGGUCCCCUGCUGAGCGGACGUUUCAGUAUCAGAGCGGUCUACCUUCUUUACCUGUCCCGACCCUGGAAGACAGCCUCGCUAAGUACCUGGAUGCAGUUCGUCCGUUUGCGUCUCCAGAGGAGUACCAGAUCACAGCAGGCAUCGUGGGGAGGUUUGGGGAGGGGAUUGGAAAGGAUCUGCACCAGAAGCUGCUGCUGAGAGCCAAGAUGAAGAGAAACUGGUUGGAGGAGUGGUGGCUGGACUCUGCGUAUCUGGAGCUGAGAAUGCCCUCCCAGCUGAACGUUAACUUCGGAGGCCCGGCGCCGUACCUGGAGCACUGCUGGCCCCCCGCAGAGGGUGCCCAGCUGCACAGGACCAGCAUCACCUUAUGGCACACGCUGCAAUACUGGAACUUGAUCCGGACGGAGAGGCUGCCGACCCAGAAAGCUGGGAGUGUUCCUUAUGAUAUGGACCAAUUCAGAAUGCUGUUCUGUACCUGCAAAGUUCCCGGUGUAGUCAAAGACACCAUCUUAAACUACUUUAAGACCGAGAGUGAAGGGCCGUGUCCCUCCCACGUGGUGGUGAUGUGUCGAGGACGUAUCUUCACCUUCGACGCUCUGUAUGAGGGACACAUCCUUACCCCCCCUGAAAUGCUCCGCCAGCUCAGCCAUGUGAAGCAGAGUUGUGAGGGAGAGGCAGAAGGAGAUGGAGUGUCCGCUCUAACCUCAGAGGAGAGGACGAGCUGGGCCAGGACCCGGGAGUAUCUGAUUGGUUUAGACCCAGUCAAUAAGACCAUCCUGGAGACCAUCCAGAGCAGCCUGUUUGUGAUCUCUCUGGAUGAUUCCAAACCCUACCCUACUGCGGAAAACUAUACCCCGCUGACCCUGCAGACCCUAACUGGUGACCCUACUAGUCGCUGGGGAGACAAGUCCUACAACUUGCUCUGCUUUGCUGACGGAACCUUCGGAUCCCAUUGUGACCAUGCUCCGUUUGACGCCAUGGUGCUGGUGACUCACUGUUACCACCUGGAUCAGCAGAUCAAAGCUACAGACGGCAGGUGGAAGGGCACAGCGCAGGUGAGGCCCAUGGCCCUUCCAGAGGAGCUGGUGUUCACCGUGGACGACAGGGUCAGGAGGGACAUCAAGCACGCCAAACAGCAAUACCUGGAAACUGCAGCCCAGCUGCAGGUGGUGUGUUGUGCCUUCACGUCGUUUGGAAAAGCAGCCAUCAAACAGAGGAAGGUCCACCCAGACACCUUUGUGCAGCUGGCCCUGCAGUUAGCUUACUACAAGCUGCAUGGCAGACCAGGAAGUUGUUAUGAAACAGCCACGACUCGUAGGUUCUACCAUGGAAGAACAGAGACCAUGCGUCCCUGUACCCUGGAGGCACAGCAGUGGUGUCGGGCCAUGCUGAACCCUGCUGUGACUGAUAGUGCCAGAAGGAGAGCGCUGGAGCUGGCCUUCAACAAGCACAACAGCCUGAUGGCUGACGCCCAGAAUGGAAAAGGGUUUGACAGGCAUCUCCUGGGUCUGUAUCUGAUCGCCAGGGAAGAGGGUCUCCCCACUCCUGACCUCUUCACAGAUCCCCUCUAUGCAAAGAGUGGUGGGGGAGGAAACUUUGUGCUGUCCACCAGCCUGGUGGGCUACACCACGGUCAUGGGGGCUGUCGCUCCCAUGGUGCACCAGGGCUACGGCUUCUUCUACCAGAUACGAGACGACAGGAUUCUGGCGUCCUGUACGGCGUGGAAGUCCUUCCCAGAGACGGAUGCUGAGACAAUGUUCCACACUGUGUGUGUCUCCAUGCAUGAGAUCCUGCAGCUGGUCACCACCGCCCAGCUGUGAGUGUCACCCCCCUCGUCACCACCGCUAACCCACACAGUGUCAACACAAGCCAACUACGUCCCCAGAGACAUACAUUCAAACAUACAAACAUUCAGACAUGUCCACAUGGUGACAAACAUGUCCUUAGCUGACCGCUAGUUUUAGUUUGACUAUUACAUUUGAUUGUACACUGCACACAGAGGCAAAGAUUAUAUAGAGCUGGCAAAUAUUUUUCUACACCAUUUUUUCCACUUAAUUACCACAAUGAUUAGUCACAACUAGUAAGUGAUUUUUGGUAAGGUUCUCCAGUUUUUUUUAGAUGACAUCCUGUCAAAAUGUAUGAUGUAUGUAAAAGAUGUAGCUGUUGAAAUGUGUUGUAUUUAUGUAUCGUUAAAAACAAUGUAGCUACCAGUGUGUGUGUGUAGCCUGCUGCUGGCGGGUUAGAUGAGGACAGCAGCUCUUGGGUUAGGGACUGAGGGGGUUAGGGACUGAGGGGGUUAGGGACUGAGGGGGUUAGGGUUAGUAGCACUUUAGUAGCUUCCUGAUGAGGCCUUCGAUUAAGUUUUAUUAAAUGAGACUUUGUGAUAGAAGGAAUAAUGCCGCUGGGUAUAAACGAUUUGUGUCUACGGUAGAUCAAAGAAAAGUCUUGACCAUAAUCGAACUGGUAAUUGAUUGUAUCUCUUCUUGAGCCUUGUAUGGACAUUAUCCAGUCUAUUUUGAUCAAAUUUAAUCACAACUGUAAAAUACAAUACAGUAUAGUACUGUUUUAUAGUACUGAUUUGGUAUUCUGAUCUGAGGAAACUCCUCUGGUAGACAGGCUUUUGAAAGGGCUUCCUUGACUUUAACUGUCUAAUUCCCUCAACCAGGCUGAUAUGACAUGUUUAGCAUGAUUUGAAUGGAAUUUGAUGAAUAGAAUCUGCACUCACAUCAGUCAAAUGGAAAUAAAGAGCCAUUUGGAUUGUGUUUGAAAUCCCUGUACUCACUGUGCUGUAGGGCUCCUCUUGACUGGGAGUGACUGAUGAAUGUUUAGGGUUAGGGUCACAACAUGAUGAAUAUUUAGGUGCCGUGAAUCUGAGGCGUGAUUAAAGACAUGAAACAUGA